UUCAGGCCAUUUGUUCCAGAAUGUCCGGUCGGGCACCAGCAGGGAAAGCGUCGAAGAACACGAAGGGCAAGUCUCGUUCCUCGCGGGCGGGACUUCAGUUUCCCGUGGGGCGCAUUCACCGGUUGCUGAGCAAGGGCAACUACGCCGAUCGAAUCGGGGCCGGUGCCCCGGUUUACAUGGCAGCCGUUCUGGAAUACCUGACAGCCGAGGUGCUAGAGCUGGCGGGGAACGCCGCUCGCGACAACCACAAGACCCGCAUCACUCCCAGACAUUUGCAGCUGGCUGUUCGCAACGACGAGGAGCUGAGCAAGCUGCUCUCGGGUGUCACCAUAUCCGAGGGCGGCGUGCUGCCCAACAUUCCGCAGGAGCUGCUGCCGAAAAAGAGCGGCGGGAGUCAGCCAUCUCAGGUCGGCCACAAAGGAGGUGACGGGGCCGGUUCAAGUCAGGCCUACUAACCUCAUCGGACGCUCCGUUUAACGGCACCGGUGUUUAAUAAAAUAAAUUGCUUUUCCUA